CAUACAUUCCGCAAAAAAGCAUCAUCAUUGCCUGGUCGAAAAUUGCCGACUGCAUUUUCUGGAUUAAACAAUUUUGCUCAGCGUGACUAUUUGAAAAAGAACUAAAGAUGUCCUCACGUUACGAUCGUGCCGUUACCAUUUUCUCACCCGACGGCCAUCUGCUCCAGGUCGAAUAUGCCCAAGAAGCGGUUCGCAAAGGUUCCACAGCGGUUGGCGUCCGUGGUGGCAACUGCGUUGUGCUGGGCGUUGAGAAGAAAUCGGUGGCCAAGCUGCAAGAGGACAGAACAGUGCGCAAGAUUUGUGUGCUCGACCAUCACGUUGUGAUGGCCUUUGCCGGUCUGACUGCGGAUGCGCGCAUCCUCAUUAAUCGUGCACAGGUUGAGUGUCAGAGUCAUCGCCUGAAUGUCGAGGAUCCCGUUACCCUGGAAUACAUAACACGCUACAUUGCACAGCUGAAACAGAAAUACACUCAGAGCAAUGGACGCCGUCCGUUUGGCAUCUCGUGUCUGAUUGGCGGCUUCGAUGCCGAUGGUUCGCCACAUCUAUUCCAGACCGAGCCAUCUGGCAUAUUCUACGAGUAUAAGGCGAAUGCAACGGGACGUUCGGCGAAAACGGUGCGUGAAUUCUUUGAGAAGACGUAUCGUGAGGAGGAGGUUGCCACCGAGCGUGGCGCCGUCAAGUUGGCCAUUCGCGCCCUGCUCGAGGUUGCCCAAUCUGGUCAAAAUAACCUGGAGGUGGCCAUCAUGGAGAAUGGCAAGGCGCUGAAGAUGCUCGAUCGCAAUGUCAUCCUGGAAUAUGUGGACAUCAUCGAAAAGGAAAAGGAAGAGGAGCUGGAAAAGAAGAAACAGAAAAAAUAGUAAUGUAAAUGGCGUUUCAAUUGAAUGGAAUUUAUCUUUUUGAAUUGCAUACUUUUUUGUUUUUCAUAUAAAAUUUAAAAAACUCUAACAUGGAAAAGGACUUAAGGAUAUUGUAUAAAAUACAUUGUCAACAAAACACAUA